CGCAGGUACAGCCGCUACCUCUCCUUCCACUUCCCCUUCACCCACGAGCGCUCCCUGCUGGAGCACCUGCGCGCCGUGCCCUGGAGGUUUGACCAGCGCCUGUUCAAGGCGUGGCGCCAGGGGCGCACCGGCUACCCGCUGGUGGAUGCGGCGAUGCGGGAGGUGUGGGGCACGGGCUGGAUGCACAACCGCAUGCGCGUGGUGGCCGCCUCCUUCAUGGUCAAGAACCUGCUGCUGCCCUGGCAGGUGAGGCGGGGGGCGCAGGGGGCAGGGCUAUAG